AUGGAUCAGUUAAGGUCUGUUAUUAUUUUGCCACAGAUUGGUAAUAGAAAUUGCCCAAAGUUUGAAAUGGAUGAUGGAGAGAUGGUGUUAGAACUUGUAUCAGAUGAAGACAAGCUGGAAAGUUGUCUCAAUGAGCUUUGGGCACAGAGAAAUAAAAAAAUCAUUGUAUUUGACCUCCUAUGGAAGCCCGGUGGAAUUUCUUGUAAAGGGAGAGGUUUCAUACCAGAAAUAGUUCAGUUGGUGUUGGGCACAGAAUAUAAUUUUUUCUUUGUAGAAUCAAAGUUUCUCUCUUACGCAAUUUUGAAGAAUUUUCUUGCUCUAAAGGAUGCAACUUUUGUUGGAAUUCAUAUUGCCAAAGACCUUGCUAAGCUUGAAAAUGAUUAUGGAAUUGUGUUCAGAAAUGCUGUUGACAUUAGUGAGCAUGCAGCUUAUGUUCUGAGGAGACCUAGUCUUAGAGUAUGUGGUGUAUCAGAAUUGGCUUCUGAAGUGGGAAAUCUCGAGCUAAAGGAGAAGCCAGCGAUAUGCAGCAAAUGA